GAAACGGGCCCUAUUUGGGCUUCAUACCCAACGAUCAGGGGGCUUUCGUUGAUAGGUUGCGCAAAGUCAUCCAACAACAAAAGUCCACCCAGAUCAUGCGCCAGACUCAAGGUGGUGCAGGACAGCCACUCAAUCCUCAAACCUCUGGCGCUCUAGCCCAAAUGGGAAAUAGUCCCGUGACGUCACAAACAACCCAGCAGGGUUUGAUGAUGCAGACGAACACCAUGGCGAUAGGCGGCGGGCAGAUGACCCAGAACGUGGUAACGUCCAGCGGGCAGCCGGGAAUUCUGGGCCAGAACGUACCCGGUGGUGGAAUGCCACCAAGGAUACGAGUUCAGAACAUGCAGCCCAGCAUGGGCCCUCAGUCAAGCCAGGCGGGCCCUAACCAACCCAACAUGGGCAUGGGGAUGAUAGGCACGCCUGCGCAGAGAGCGCCCUUCGAGAACCAACUCAAGUCGAGCGACAACAAAACUUCGAAAAAAUCAACCAACUAAAACAAACUCUGGAGGCGGCGCAACAACAAGAACAACAAUACAAGAGUCAGUUGGAGAAAAUCAGCCACAUGAAGACGUCGCAGCUGCAGGAGGCGCUCCAGAUUUGCCAACAAACCGAAAUGAAGUACAAAAUUCUGCAGAUGGCGGGGAGCGGGCCGAGGCCACAGAUGGCGCAGUAGAAACCCAAUUCUGGGAACUCGCAACAGUCGGGAUUUGAUGAGGUUUCGUACGAUUUUAUGUAACGUUGGGUUUUAUUGUUGGACGAAAAUAAAGAUUUUAGUAUGAGGUUUCAA